UGCCUGCGCUCUAUUUCCCGUGUGAAGUGGCAUAAUAAGGUGAGCAACAUGGAGGUUAGGCGUAGAGUUCUAGGUAAACAGGGGAAAUCAAUCGACGAAGUCGUGAAGCUACAAAGACUGAGAUGGUUAGGACAUGUGUUACGUAUGCCAAGCCAUCGCCUCCCUCGACGAGCAAUGUUAGCGGAUAUAGGGUCAGGCUGGAAAAAAGCUAGCGGCGGUCAAACAAAAACUUGGCACCAGUCAAUGAAAUCCACAACAGUUGGUCUAAGCCACGUAGGAAGGUGUAGACUUCCAGGCUGGGGUCCUCGGGACGGUAAAAAUCUAUGGUUGGAAACAAUUGGUGACAUGGCUCAAAACCGUUCUCAGUGGCGCAGAUGCAUCCACUCCCUGUGACUUAUGAUCUUCAAUGAAACUGUUUUGUAUUUCUUUAUUACUCCUUUGUCUCACACCUCUGCUCACUGUUUCUAUUAUGCUUUUCUUGUACUUUCUUCUCUUGCUUCGCGUGCUACACGGAAUGUGGCGACUUGAACUUCCGCACAUUUGUGCAAAGUUCUAUGUCGAAAACAGACAGACAGAC